AUGAAGGUGUUAAAAGAGCAUGUUUUGGAGUCUGUCUUAAUUACAGGCUGUAACAAAGGCAUUGGUCUGCAAUUUGUUAAACAUUUUGUGGAAGCAAACAAAAUUACUGGAUCCAACACUCAAAUAUUUGCAUGCUCGAGAAGGCAUACCACCGAUUUGGAUCAACUUCUAACUGAUGAAAACGUUCAUCAUGUUGAUCUCGAUAUCUCCAAAUCAGACCAAGUCAAAAGUGCUGCCCUGAAAGUUAAGCAAGCAUUAAAUGGUAAAGGACUAAAUCUUCUCAUAAACAAUGCUGCAAUACAAAGCUAUAAUAAACCAGCUGGUGUACAUGAAUGUUCUUCCAAAGAAAUGUCUGAAGUAUUCAAUGUGAAUGUUUCUGGCACUCAUUCUAUGACAAUGGCAUUUUAUCCUCUUUUGAAGUUGUCUGCGUCACAGAGGUCUGAUAUUCCACUGUGCUGUGCUCGUGGAGCUGUUUUCAACAUUUCAUCUCAACUUGCCAGUGUAGAAAACACCCAAAAAGCUUAUGCUGUAUCUUACAAAGUCAGCAAAACAGCUUUAAACAUGCUAACUAAGAUAACAUCACUGGAGUUCACUGCAGAUGGAAUUAUCAGCUUGGCCGUUCAUCCAGGUUGGGUACAGACUGAUUUAGGAGGCUACAAUGCUACAUUGACAACUACUGAAUCUGUAGCUGAUAUGGUAUACUUGAUCGAAAAUGCCAAGGAAGAGCAUAAUGGACAAUUUAUAAGAAAGAAUUUCGUUAUUGACCCAUAUUAG